AUGGAUUUAAGAGAAGAGAACUUGGAAAUGUUAUCCCCUCUCUUCCCUAUUAUUAAUAAAGUAUUAAAUGCCAAUGGAGCUUUGUUAUCAAUGUAUUCAUCCUACAGUUUGCUCUUACUCCUCUGGGUUAGACUAUACGAGAACGUUUUCAAAGUAAAAGAUGCCAUUUUUACCUUAAAUCAUUAUGGAAGUUAUAUAUUCAUUUUGGUUCAUUUAGUAUUCAUUGGAGUUUUUAUCCCAAUAGUUCACUAUCCAGAUGAUUCAAGUAUUUACGAUUUAUUCUAUAAUAAUAUUUAUAUAUUAUUUAUGAUUAUCUAUGGAGGACUUCUAUGUAUUGGAUAUUCGGUUUACGGUCUCCUCUUAUGGAGAGAUUCGAAACAUUGGAAAAUUGGAAAAGUUACACUAAACAAUAGAAUUCUAAUAAUGUCUGCAUGUCUUGUAACUCUUAUAAUGAUGCUAGAUAUUUAUUUGAUAUGGGCUUUUCUCCAUAAAAACGAUACAAACUAUUAUAUUUAUAGAUUGGUUGAUUCUAUUAGCUUUACUACUUUGAUGGUUGGUAUUGCAAUUCUGGUCAGUAGAAAUCCUGCCAACAGAGCAAAGCCCAACAAUAUUGACUCAUCUGGCUCCCAAGAAGAUAAAGGUGAAUUGAAAAUGGAUGUAAGGAAGUUGUACAACUCCGAAGACCAAUCGAAUGCCGAUGGAAUCUAUUCUAACGAUACAAAUACCAACCAAGUCUCAAUCGACAUUGAAAAAAGUUUAGAAGCACCCAGCCAAAUUGACAGAUCACAAUGA